AUGGCGAACAUCCCCGUUCCCGCUCCGCUUAAGUUGGGCGUAAAUGAUAGUGAGGCAAUAAAAAUAUUCAGGCUACAGUGGACUUACUACGCGCUUGCCACGCAAGUAGCGGAAAAACCGGCUAAUCAACAAACGGCAACAUUGAUGGCGGUUAUGGGUGUAGAAGGUGUGAUGCUAGUAGAGGAAUUACAACUGAUUGAAGCGGAUCGUGCGACACCGGAUGCGAUUUUGAAGAAAAUCGAGGAUCAUCUGACUCCACAACGGGACAAGCGUAUGGAAAGAGCGGAGUUUAAUACAAUGUGUCAAAACGAUGAAGAAAAAAUAGAAGAGUUCGUGAAACGUCUCAAAAAGAAAGCGACAGAUUGUGGUUAUACAGUGGAGGAACAAAAAGAACUGUUGAAAGAUCGGUUGAUUGCGGGAGUUCGAGAUCACCAGAUAAGAAAAGAGUUACUCAAAGCUGGUGAUAUACCACUGGAUGAUAUGGUGAAGAAAAUCAAAGACCAUCAGCAGAUAGAGGAACUUGCGAAAAAAUAUGAACGUAUGACGGCAGUCAAUGAUUCUUCGAGAGACACCUUCAAAUUGACAACAACAAAGCGGAUGGAAAACAACUGCAGAUACUGCGGGGGAAAACAUCAGAAGGAUAAAAACAAGUGUCCUGCAUUCGGUAAGCAGUGCCUCGAAUGCGGCAAGCUCAAUCACUUCAAGAAGGUCUGUCGAGCGAAGACAACGAAGAAGAGAUUCAGGAGCAAAAAUGUGCGGCAAAUGGAAGACCAUGUAGGAAGCACGGAGAGCUCUGACGAUGAAGAAGAAUUCGAGUUCGUCGAUAUCGCGAAGGUCGACAGUGUGGAUACAAAAGACGCUGGCAGAAUCAUGGUACAACUGAAAGUAGUGGAUGGCACUGGAACAAUUAAGCCGUUGGAGAUACAAGUUGAUACAGGUGCGAGGGUGAAUGUACUGUGCUACCGUGAUUUAAAGCGUGUGUCGGCCAAGGUAAAAAUACGCAGCACAAAGAUUAAAUUGAGGUGCUACUCUGGAAGGAUCAUCAAACCGAAAGGUAGAGCAGAAUUAGAUAUCAAACUGAAGGAUGGAACCAAAACGCUGACAUUCCUGGUCGUCAAGAAAACGCGACCGCCUUUACUGUCAGCGCAGUCAGCUAUAGAUCUCGGUAUCAUUAAGGUCCAUGAUAUAUAUAAUGUGAAUUCACUACAUCAAGAUUGUGACGAACUACUACGUAAGUACAAGGAUGUUUUUGAAGGUGACGGUGUGUUCCGUGGAAAAUUCAAAAUUGAAGUUGAUGACUCCGUUACAGCUGUUCAACAAAAGGCCCGACGGAUCCCCCUCGCAUAUCUCCCAGAGCUAAAGCAAAAGAUUGACGAUUUGGAGAAACGAGGAAUUGUGGAACCAGUGAACAAACACAUGGAGUGGUUAAGUAAUCUGGUGCUAGUGAAGAAAGGCAACAAAAUGCGGCUGUGCCUGGAUCCGGCAGAGCUCAACCGGGCUGUUAAACGAGUCAAUCACCAAAUCCCCACCAUAGAGGGACUGCUUCCGGAAUUCGCUAAGGCUAAGGUGUUCAGCGUACUCGACGCCAAAAACGGAUUUUGGCAUUUGGAACUGGACGAAUGUAGCUCGGAUUUAACAGCUUUUUGGACACCAAUGGGCGUAUAUCGUUGGAAGCGGAUGCCAUUUGGUAUUUCGUGCGCACCAGAAGUUUUUCAAAAGGCGCAACAACAGAUUUUUGCUGGUCUUCGAGGCGUACGUUGUUUGGCUGAUGAUGCAGUGGUAUUUGGUUGUGGAGAUACUAUGGAAGAGGCAAUGCUUGACCAUAAUCGAAAUUUGGAGGAGGUACUUCAAAGAUGCAGAGACAGAGGACUGAAGCUGAACCGAGAAAAAGCGAAAAUUGCGUUGACAUCGGUACCGUUCUUUGGACAUAUUUUAACCAACGAAGGAGUGAAACCGGAUCCCGGAAAAAUAUCAGCUGUUGUGAACAUUCAUCCUCCGAAAAAUAAGAAGGAAUUACUGACAUUUUUAGGACUUGCAACAUAUCUGGGACGAUUUCUACCAAUACUGGCUGAAGUUAGUGCUCCUCUUCGGAAACUGACCCGAGACACAGCAGAAUACAUCUGGGAUGAGGAAGCAGCAGAUGCUUUUACACGCAUAAAAAAGUUGGCGACAGAGGCACCAAUAUUGCGUUAUUAUGAUCCCACAGAACCUCUCGUGAUUCAAUGCGAUGCAAGCAUGUUGGGUGUUGGAUGUGUUUUGCUUCAAGAGGGUCGACCAGUGUCUUACGCUUCUCGAACACUCAACAAGACGGAAAGCAACUACGCUCCCAUAGAACGCGAAUGUUUGGCAAUCGUGUUUGCGUGCAAAAGAUUUGAUCAAUAUGUAGCCGGACGGUUUGUCGUAGUAGAAUCAGACCACAAACCUUUGGAAGACAUUUUCAAAAAGCCGAUUACGGAUGCACCGCUCAGACUUCAGAAAAUGAGAAUGACGUUGCAGCGAUACGAUGUACUUGUUCGAUAUCGGAAAGGUAGUGAGAUGCAUAUAGCUGAUUUGCUGUCUAGGACUGCCACGGAAACGAAUAAAUUUCCAGGAGGAAAAGUGGACACAGCGUUUCAAGAGAUCGCAGACAUUAAUGUAAUGGAAUUUAUUAACAUUUCGGAUGAACGUUUUCAAGAAAUUUCGACAGAAACCAAGAAGGAUCUCACUUUAAGCAAACUAUCGCAACUGCUCAUCGAAGGAUGGCCAGAACGAAAAUCUGAUCUUGAUGACGAAAUGCACAUUUACUGGACAAAUAAAAACGAGCUGUCAACGCAUCAAGGAAUUAUCUUCAAAAAUGGUAGAGUAUUGGUACCAAAAAGUCUUCGGAAGAAGAUGUUAGACAACCUGCAUAUUGCGCAUUUGGGGAUUGAUUAUACUAUACGUGCAGCAAGGGAGUCUUUCUUCUGGCCAGGAAUGAGUGAUCAGGUCACAAACUACAUAAGAAACUGUGAAGUGUGUAUGGAGUUUAGUGGACACCAAUGUAAACCUCCAAUGACAACGCACCAAAUACCAGAGUAUCCAUUUCAGCGGGUUAAUAUUGAUCUGGGCGAAAUAAAAACAGACAACAAGAAGCUGACAAUAAUGGUAACAGCAGACAGUUAUUCGGAUUUUGUGGAAGUGGAUUUUUUGAGCGAUACCAAGACAAAAACUGUUGUGAGCGCAUGCAAACGCAAUUUCGCACGGCAUGGCAGUCCUGAAGUAGUGGUUACCGAUAACGGACCGCAGUUCGAUAAUGAGGAAUGGCUUAAGUUUGCACAUGAAUGGGAUUUUGCACCAGUAACGUCAUCUCCAUAUCACGCUCAAGGCAAUGGAAAAUCAGAGUCAGCAGUAAAAUCAAUGAAACAGCUCUACAGAAAAUGCACAAAAAGCGGAACCGAUUUUUGGAGAGCUCUACAGCAGCAUCGCAACACUCCGAACUCCAUAGGAUCAAGUCCGAACCAGAGAUUAUAUUCCAGGGAUACGAGAAAUACAGUACCGGUCAUCACAAAUCGUUUGAAACCACCUAAAGCACUGCAGGUGGAGGAAAGUAUUCGUCAUAAGCGAGCUAUCACCAAGGUGAGCUAUGAUAAAAAUUCAAGAAAGCUACCAGAUUUGCAAGUCGGAGAGAAUGUACUGGUUCAACGCAGGCCGGAUCUUCAAUCAGCAUGGGAGCAAGCAAUUUUGUUGCGGCGACUCGAAGAUCAAUCAUGUGAAGUACAAAUGAAAGAUGGAGCAGUAUAUCGCAGAAGUGCUGUGCACGUGAAGCCAGGUAAACGAGUUCAAGGCAGUAAAACUGAAAUGCAGGCAGAAAACACACAAAAUUUGCAACUAGAGCCGGUGGAAAAAUCAGUUCGGCAGGAACCAAUGGUUGAACGCGAUGAGGAACAUAAUGUAUCGGCAGAGUCGCGGAAGCAGCGUGUGUUUGAACGAUAUACAUAUAACAAGGUAAACUCGACUGGAAACAAAGGUAUAUUAGCUAACCAGAAUCGAAAGCAUCCCCAUGCGUUGGAUAUAGAGGGUCAUCUCGAUUCAACCGUAGAGGAGAAUGAGGUCGCGUCAACAUCUUCUUCAGCUCGACCUAGGCGAGAGGUAAAGAAACCUGCGAGGUUCUCAGAUUAUGCGAUGUAA